UAACAUAAAUGUUUAUAAAUAAAUGUCUUAGCUUUGGUGCGCGUGGCUUGUUUUCGUUUUGUUCGCAGAGGUAAACGCGCCGCCAAAUUAGAUCGGGAUUUCUAGAGUUUUGUGCGUUUCACUCACCAUUAAACGAAAACCAAAAGGCGCCGCGCCGCCCCGCGUUUUCUAAAUCGUUCGUCUAUUUACAUAAUUAAGUACAAAGUAAUACAACACAAACAACAAUAACAACAUGACGAACCCCACCGAUGUGCGGAAGAGAAAACUGGCCACCGAUGAAAAGCCGCUGCGGCGAAAAAACAGCGGUUCCCCCAAUGGCAGCAGCGGCAGCAACCGUGGAACCAGCGGCCUCAAGAUCUUCUUCCUCUGCCUGGUCAUCUCCGCCAUACUACUCGUCUUUGUGUUUGGUGUGUAUCAUUCAUAUUAUGCUAAGAAGGAUGUUCCCAAAGUUGUGCUAACUAAACCUUCUGUUUUCCCCACGGUCACCGUUCCGUAUGUGCAUGUGGAACCCCAUUUCCCGACACCUGUCCGGCAUGUUGCGCAUCCUAAACCAAAAACCACCACCAAUCAACCCGUCGACGAUUCAGGCUUCGUCUCCGAGAAUGCCAGCCCGUACUUGGCCCGCUUGGCCUCCAAGUUUGGCUACAGCAAGGUGCAGUAUGCGGCCAUCAUUGAUGCCGGAUCCACGGGAAGUCGCGUCCUGGCCUACAAAUUCAAUCGCAGCUUCAUCGACAACAAGUUGGUGCUCUACGAGGAGCUGUUCAAGGAGCGCAAGCCUGGCUUGAGCUCAUUUGCUGACAAUCCAGCCGAUGGAGCGCACUCCAUUAAGCUGCUGCUGGAUGAGGCGCGCGCCUUUAUACCCAAGGAACACUGGUCGUCCACUCCGCUGGUACUGAAGGCCACCGCUGGCCUGAGGUUGCUGCCAGCCAGCAAGGCGGAAAACAUCCUAAAUGCCGUCCGAGAUCUAUUCGCCAAGUCCGAGUUCAGCGUAGACAUGGAUGCGGUGGAGAUAAUGGAUGGCACCGAUGAGGGCAUCUUCAGUUGGUUCACCGUGAAUUUCCUGCUGGGACGGCUGUCCAAGACGAACCAGGCGGCUGCCCUGGAUUUGGGCGGCGGCAGCACACAGGUUACAUUCUCGCCAACGGAUCCGGAACAGGUGCCCGUGUAUGAUAAGUACAUGCACGAGGUAGCGACCUCCAACAAGAAGAUCAACGUCUUCACGCACAGCUAUCUGGGUCUGGGCCUAAUGGCCGCCCGUCACGCCGUCUUUUCGCACGGCUACAAGAAGGAGGUCUCGGUGCUGGAGAGCGCGUGCGUCAAUCCGAUCAUCGCCAAUCGCACAUGGACUUACGGCAACGUUCAGUACAAGAUCAGCGGCAAGGAGAACCCCAAGUCCAGUGCCGAGCAGCCGAUUGUGGACUUUGACGCCUGCCUGGAGCUAGUCAAGAGCAAGGUGAUGCCGCUGGUCAAGCCCAAGCCAUUUACUCUCAAGCAGCAUGCUGUGGCUGCGUUCAGCUACUACUUUGAGCGGGCCGUCGAGACGGGCUUGGUGGACCCGAUAGCUGGCGGAGAGACCACUGUGGAGGCGUUCCGUAAGAAGGCCCAGGAGAUCUGCGCCAUCCCCAAUGAUGAGCAGCCCUUCAUGUGCUUCGACCUCACGUUUAUCUCGACGCUGCUGCGCGAAGGAUUUGGUCUUAACGACGGAAAGAAAAUAAAGCUUUAUAAGAAGAUUGAUGGUCAUGAAAUCUCGUGGGCCUUGGGCUGUGCCUACAACGUGCUGACUAGUGACGAAAAGUUCAGUAAUUCCUAACGCUCCUCUCCAUUAGUCCAUAGUAGAUGACGAAAUACAUAACAGAAUUGUUAGCUGAAAUUGUUUAUAGAGUGCCUUAGACGUGCAUCGAGUAUACUACAGAUUACACACAUAACAUAAACACAACUCGGACAUUGUCUAUAUACAUAUCGUUUAAUAUCGUUUUUGUGCUCUGUUGUAAGAAUCAUUUUCAAUUGUCUAUAAUUGAAAUCCACACACAAACUGUGACUACACUUAAUGUUUAGUUCGUAAUUCCAAUUUCGUGUGAUUCGUGUCUCUUUCGUAAAGCAAUCUUUUUUGCCACGCUCUUAACUAUUUAGUCCUUACACUUGAAUUCCUCAUGUACAUAACAAUUUACACAUCGAUAUGUAUUUACCUUAAAUAUGUAAAACGGCCUAGACUAUAUAGAUAUAUUAGCGAGAACUUUCAAAUUGUUUUUCUCACAUACAUAUGCAAAUGUUAGUUUAAUUAUUUUUGCAAAUAAAUCAAUAAAAUGUUAACAUUGGUCUAAAUAGUGUAAA